AUGGAUCCUUUCGCAGAUCCAUCCCCUCAAACCCCACCGACCCUUCUCGCAGGCUUUACCCGCGACACCCCUUGCGACAUCACAAUCUACUGCCAUGACCGCACCUUCAAAAGCGUAGACAUCGUAGACUCUAAGACCAACACUCCUCUCUUCUCCGUCACCUCCGCAGGCGCAACCUCCUUCUCCUGGCGCCGCACUCUGCUCACCCCCGCCGGCGAAAAGCUCUUCGACCUCCGACACAAAGGCUACGCCAUGAAAAACGACUGGAGUGUUGAAGAUGCUGCCGGAAGACGCAUCUGUUCACUCAAACAUGUAGAAGGCAUGGAAGCAAGAAAUAGAAGUGUGUUGGAUGCUGUAAUUCAUGGAGAUGUACCUGCAGAUGAUGUGGGAAACACGAUUGAGAUUAGGCCGAAAGAUAGAGGUGCUUUGACGACUAGUGUGUUGUGGCAAGGCAAAGAGUUGGGGCUGAUUUUAAAUACGGAGGUCAAUAAUGUGCGUGGGCUUGAGAAGAAGGGGGUGGAUAGGACGGUGUGGAAAGCGCAUAUUGAGGCUGGAGUGGAUGUUAGUNNUUUGUAA